AUGUAUAUCAAUUAUUUUGUGAGUUAUCUAUUUUUCCUCGAUAUCGUCUACAUUGUGAAUAGUGCUGCGACCAAUGUACAGACGAGUACACAAGUAAGCACGGCUUGCUCUAACCGUGCGGCAUCGUGCGAAGCGAGCGUGGGAUCUAAACGGCCCGUCUGCGGGACGGACGGACGCACUUAUCCCACAAAAUGUCAUCUGUUAAAAGCCCAGUGCUCUUCCGAGCCGGUUGCGAUUGUACACAAAGGCCCCUGUAUUGAAGGCCAGUCGUCGUGCAUGAUCGCGUUGCGGUACGCCCUGAAGGCGCAGACCGGCCGGCGGGCGCCAUUCGUGCCAAGGUGCAGGGCGGACGGCACCUAUGCUGCCGUGCAGUGUGUCAACGCCGGAGCAUCAGCCAGUUGCUGGUGUGUCUCGCCGGACGGAAAACCAUUACCGGACACUGCCGUACGAAACGGCCGGCCUGACUGCACUAAGACUGGUAAAUCUCAAACAAGACGUCGUGCGUCGGUUCGAGGUCAGCGGAAUAAAAGAAGCUGCACUCGAACAGAUCGUGCUUUAUUCAAUGGGAACCUAAUCAAGAUCUUCAGUGGAGACUACGAAAGGGUACGAGCAGCCAACAGCGGCCCACCUGAACCCAGGGAGGUCGCCGACUGGAAGUUCAGGGAACUAGACCGGGACAAAAGUGAUACCUUGAGGAAAUCUGAGUAUAGAGGACUCAGGAGGCUUAUAAAAAAGGUGGUGAAGCCAAAACGCUGUGCUCGUGCAUGGGCACGCGGCUGUGAUGGCGAUGGCGAUGGAGAGAUAGCGCACGAGGAGUGGGUCGCAUGCUUGCUUGUCGACCCCGAACCACCCGCACCGGACUUGCUGCCGGGGAUAAUGCGGAAUUCUUUUGCACCGGACGGGCCCGAUGCAGAGUCCCGGCGUGAGGACGAGGCCAACGACUGUCUGACCGACAGGCAAGCUGUAUUGGACGAACAGAAAGCAGGUGGGUCAGUACUCUAUGUGCCUGAAUGUACGGGAGACGGACGGUACGCGCGGGCACAAUGCUAUCGCUCCACGGGCUACUGUUGGUGCGUCCACCAAGACACCGGCAAACCUAUUCCUGGCUCUUCUGUAAAGGACAGGAAACCGGACUGUGAUGCAGCACCUCAACACGCAAGCCCUAUGAGAGGUUGUCCUGAAAAAUCGAAGUUCCUGCGUGAUUUACGAAGUUUCUUUAUAACUAAGAUGACAACAGCGACAAACGGCACUGGACCUGGAGAAAUGGUGAGAUGGGGGGCAUCCAACGAGGAGCAGGCAGCUACUUGGACGUACGUUAUGCUCGAUAAAGACAAGAACAAAGCCCUAGAACGUAGAGAAUGGAAGGCGUUCCAUCAGCUGAUCGCGAACGUGGAACAACUGCGUCGGUGCGGACGCAAGUUGCCGCGUUACUGUGACGUGAAUCACGACACUAAGAUCAGCAUCACCGAAUGGAUGGCCUGUCUCGAAGUCACGCAGGCUUCACAGGGACCUAGCACUGAAGCAACGAAGCCACCACCAAACCCAAGAAGAAAAGGUCCCAAUCCACUAGAAUCGAUCCUAAAGGCUGAUGAUUGA